AUGGACGGUUUCAAUGAAAACUACCUGAACGAUGAAGACGACUUCAUGGGGGACGAGUUCGGACAAGGAGUGGACAGCGACGAUGGAGACAACUACGAGAAUGACAUAGAUAUCAUAACGGAAAACCAAAUUAAGAAGGAAAAAUCGGAUUACGAACAUUCGGAUGCGAAUGAAGAUAACAUCAGGAUAACAAGCCCGUACUUAACAAAGUAUGAAAAGGCCAGAAUUAUAGGGACCAGAGCUCUACAGAUAAGUUUAAAUGCUCCCCUGACGAUACCGAUAGAAACCCAAGGGGGAGAUGUGUCUAAUGGGAAAAAUGAAUAUGAUAAUUACCUUAAUAAUGAUCCGUUGGUAAUUGCGGAAAGGGAGUUACAUAACAAGUCGAUUCCGUUCAUUUUGAGGAGGUACUUACCCAAUGGUAGUUACGAGGAUUGGAAAUUGGACGAGCUCAUAAUUGACUAG